CAGGAGAAAAAGAUCCUCGCUCAAAGUAAACGCAAGCAAGCAAGCGAAGGAGAGAAAAUGGAGGCGGAAAAGAUUCAAGAAUUGAAGGGUUUUGUGGAGUUCUGCAAACCAAACCCACAUGUGUUAAACACUCCAUCUCUUGCAUUUUUCAAGAAUUUUCUGCAAAGUUUGGGAGCUCGAAUUCCGGCGUUUGGAGGAUCGAGCAAAGACGGUGAGGACCAUGAGGAUAAAAAGCCAUUUGAUACUAGGAAGCGCGAUGUACCUAUGGAGGAUAUCUCAAAUGAUGACAUUGUUGAAUCUGACGUUGAGUUCGAUAAUUCAGACAUUGUGGAGCCGGACAAUGAUCCUCCACAGAAAAUGGGGGACCCUUCCGUUGAAGUAACUGAAGAAAAUCAAGAAGCUGCUCAGCUAUCGAAAGCAAAAGCUAUGGAAGCAAUCGCUGAUGGAAAGUUAAGUGAGGCCAUAGAUUACCUAACUGAGGCAAUCAUGUUGAAUCCAAACUCGGCAAUAUUAUAUGGAAAUCGAGCGAGUAUCUUUAUCAAAUUGAAGAAACCAAAUGCUGCGAUACGAGAUGCUGAUGCAGCUUUACAGAUCAACCCAGACUCGGCAAAAGGAUACAAAGCACGAGGGCUGGCAAAAGCAAUGUUGGGCUUGUGGGAAGAGGCUGCUCGUGACUUGCACGUGGCAUCAAAGUUGGAUUUUGACGAGGAGAUAGGACUAGCGCUCAAGAAGGUUGAACCCAAUGCAAAGAAAAUUGAAGAGCACAACCGGAAAUAUGAACGCCUACGUAAAGAGAAGGAAUUAAGACGAAUUGAGCUUGAGAGGAAGAGGCGUCAAGAUGCCGAAGCUGCUUCUGUUUUAAAAGAUGGAGAAAUCAUCCCGAUUCACUCUGGUAGUGAGUUGAAAGAGAAACUCAAUGCUGCUUCAAAGACAUCUCGGCUUUCAGUUCUCUACUUCACUGCAACAUGGUGUGGGCCCUGCCGUUAUGUCUCCCCUGUUUUCACGAGUUUGGCUGGUAAAUAUCCGAAAGUUGUUUUCUUGAAAGUGGACAUCGACGAGGCUAGAGAUGCAGCUGCUGAAUGGAACAUCAGUAGCGUCCCGGCCUUCUUCUUCGUCCGAAAUGGUAAGGAGGUGGAUCAGCUCGUCGGGGCGGACAAAAAAGCGCUUGAGCAGAAGAUUGCUCAGCAUGCUUGAUGAAUCUUGAUUUCUCGAUGUUUAGAAGAGAAAAUACAGAGUGAUUUUACUUCCCGUUUAACAAUCUUGACAUCCCCUUCAGGCUAAUUGAAUGUGUUGGCACUAUCUACAUUUGACCUAUAGAACUACAUUUUUGAACUAUCCAUUACAAAUACUUUUCCUUCAUUA